AUGGAACUUGCCCCGACCGCCCUCCUCUACUGCUCGUUCUCUCUUCAACUUCCCUUUCUCUCCUUCUCACUUCGACAAACCCUUUCUCUUCUUCUCAGUUCUCGACGUCGACAGCCUCUCCCACCUCCGACGUUUCUCUUGGUGUUGGCGCCUCCCACCCUUGACCUCCGUCCAGCCUCGCCCCACCGUCCAACGCUUUCCAGCGACACCCAGCCGGUGGAACCCCUCCUCUCCGGCAAUCACACCUCGCUUGCCCUUGCAACCAACAUUAGGUCCGGUGACCUUAGGCUCACUGCUUCUAUUGCUCAAAUUUACAAGCCCUAUGUCUUAUUAAGGUGA